ACCAUUCAUUUAAUGAAAUGAUGUCGGUAACUUUCUAUGACGAUAGUAACAUUUAUGCAUUUCAAUAGAUUUCAGUGAAGAUAUGCGUGUACUCGGUUUUCCUGAGCAUAUAUCCAUGGAAAGUUUUCGUACGCCCAAUUGGGAUUUGUUGGACUCAUGCCUUCGAUGGCUGGCAGCCAGAUUGGAACCCGAUGCUGUACUGGCCGGCGGCAAGGAUACGAUGGAGCGAAGAGUUGCAAUGGUGAUGCACGCUGUGGAAAUAUUUCACUCCCGUGCAAACUUGAAGCUGAAUGGCAAGAAAGUGUACGGAGCGGACGGAUGGGCGGUUCGUGAGUUGCUGAAGGUGGCGGCACUGCUUCGCACGGCCCUGGAGACGCCGCCGCCCUCGGACCGCCCGGAUCACGUGCCUUUGCUGUACGACGUCACCUCACGGAUUGGCGAAAUAAAGCAAGCCCGCAGUCUGGCCACAGACAUAACGGCGCAGGGGGCUUAUCUGCACGACUUGUUGGCGAAGGAGCCGGAGAACAAGGCGAGUCCCAUAACAAUAGUCGAAUUUAGUAUCUUCCGCUCAAUUAUAAGCAUACCACUGGUCGGGCAGGAGUCUCGCAGCCGCGCCCUGUCUCGUCCGCUGGACACGAGCGCGACUGAGGCGGCGCUGCGUCGGGCCUCGGCGGUGGUGGCAGAGCGCGUCGCGGCCACUCGCGAGGCGGCGGAGGCGGCGGCGGGGAGCGAGGCCGCUCUAGUCGCGAAGGCCGAGCGGCGCCGAGCUGAGUUGCAGCGUGCAGAGAAGCGCCUGCGCACGGUGCAGAAGAUCAAACCAGUGUACCAAGCGGAGCUGACGGCUCUGGAGACGGAAAUCGAACAGCUUUGGGAUCAGUACGUGGUGAGGUACCGGUGUGUGGAGGCGCUUAAGCAUCAGCUCAGUUUGUUGGAGAUGGCACAGAAUGAGUCUGCCGAAGAGCAGCAGGCGUCGAUCCUUCAGCUGAUUCACAAAUACGAAGCCGAAGACGUGUUGGGGAAGCUCAGUGACUCUGAUGAGAUGAACUCGAGCGAAGGCGAAAGGGAGACGAAGCCGCGAGCCGCCUCUCGACCUCGGACGAGGCUGCGGAUCAAGACUGCAGGAAACACGAUCCCGGAGAAUCGCGGGGUGUGGGCGGGACGCGACUCACUGGACAUCCGGGACGAAGACGACUCCGACACCGAUUCGGAUCCGGACGUCUCCGACACUCAGCUCUUCGGGGCGGCGGGAGGCAGCGGGCGGGCGGCGCGGUGGUCUCGUCGUCCGGGCACGCGCACCCUGACCCACGAGGGGCACUACGCGGACCUCGGCCUAGGUAAGGGUCAGUUUCGCCCAUGUGGCCUCGAUUCGACGACUCUGCCGAUGUUAUGCCUCGCUGUUCGAUGCCAUUGCAGGGUUGGAGCGCAAGCUGGUGGGGCCCGAGGACGGAGACUCCCUCGGAAGUUCUUCGGAGAGCGAGUUGCGCCUCUCCAGCCCCAAACUCGGCCGCAACUCGGCCUUAAGCGAUAAUGAGUUCUGAACGCGAUUUUAAUAUAAUUCUGUCUCUUUUUGUAUCAAUCAGAAUCAGAUUUUUAAUUCCGUAGAAAUUUUAUAAGUGUUGCUACUAAAAAAUGUCUCCCCAGGGAAAAUAUUUCCCCUUUUUAGAGAGUAAUGAAAUUAAAUGCGACGUAUUUUAGGUUUAACCUAUAAAAAGGAUAAGUAAUCUAUAUAUUUACUUAGGUAUAAUUCGAGUUAUACCUAUUACAAAAUAACAAACAUUUCAAUAUCACGAAUAAUAUAUCGAAUAAACUUUAAUUACUUUAUUUUAUUUAUUACCUGGCAUCAGUGCCUACUAAAUCCAGGUUUAGAAACCCUCAAACUAUGUUAACUUGUGCGUUUUUAAUUGUUUGUGAUGAGAUUUAAAAUUUAGACAAAAGGGACGUAACUAUCACUCGCCGUUAAACCACUUCUAAUGUGGAGCACUGCAUAUAAUAGCAUCGACACAUUCACUAACAAAUAAAAGGUAUGUAUCGAUUCAGACGUUCAGACUCGAAUUGAAAUGAAAAAAAAUGUGCGCGGCCAAAAAGGUUUGCCAUCUCUGACAUGUCAAAAAAUGAUAGCUGUCA